AUGGCCAACAGCGCCAUGCUGCCUCUUCUUGAGAAUCAUUGGGGUGGAGAAAACGCAUGGAGAAUGAAUCGCCUCCUUCGGUGCCCACUCUGGUUAUACAUCGACCUGCUCCAGGCAUGCGGUCACUGGUCCGACGUUUGGGGGGUUGCAGGACACGACCUGGCUUGGCGCAACACGCAGGCAUAUCGGGAGACCUCGAGAAGCUCGACACUGCGACUCACCCGCAGGCUUCACAGAGCUAUAUCGAACGUGAUUACACUACGCGAGAAUCUCAGGCUUCAUAUAUCGUCCACCGAGCGAUUUCAGGAAUACGCCCAGAAGAAGCGGUAUCCGUCGUUGCCGAUGCCGAUGGCAGAUGAUUACCAGGUCGCGCUGAGCGAAAGAACUGCCGAGUUACUUCAGGAUCUUCAUCAUCACUGGGCAACUUCAGAGGUUAUUCUGGAGCAGUUCAAGAGUCUGAUGAGCUUGGUCUUCAACACGGAAACGGUGGCACAAGGACAAGCAGUCGCCCGUCUCAAUCUGCUCGCUUUUGCCUUUUUGCCUUUGUCAUUUGUAACUGGCAUAUUUGGGAUGACAACGUGGACAAUUUCUGCAAUCUGGUUCCCUCUCUGGGCAUUCGUUGCACUCAUUCUUCUCAUCAUAGCUGCAUACAUAGUGGGCAAAAUAUCGGUUGAAGACCGGGGAGGAUCAUCUUGGUUAUCACGUCUUCACUGGGGUCCUGCUCGGAGCCCUCGGGCAGACGUUGAAUCGCGGUCAGGUCCGAAGCCUCCUGCACCGGCGGGCAUGGCACCAACUGCAGUUUUUACAACCAAGAUGCCUCCGUCAGCCCUGGUACAGACUUCACUUCACCGAAUUGGCAGUUAUGGACGUAAUCGACGUGGAUCGCGGCGGGAGAAAAGACAGGUCCAACGUGCUGAGCGACAACCCGAUGUUAUUAUUCCUCCCCAUAGCCGGCCACGUCACUCUCUACCGACCGGUCACCCUCCAUCUGCGGACUCAGUAUCGUCUGACAUGGCAGACGAAAAUUCCCGAGAUGAAUUCAGCACCGAACUGGACGAGACCUCUGCUACCUCUCCUCCUGCGCUUCCUAAAGCAAGAACUGUAUCAGACAGACAUUCCGCUGUUGAAAUAAAUCACCUGCAUUAUGUAACCAGCGCAGAAAGAUCUGGUGUGAAAAGACAUGUGGCGUUCGAGGAGUACAGACGACCUAGCGCUCAAGUGGCGAGGAAAUCGCACAGAAGACACCAAGAAAGACAGGGUAUAGCAUACGAUCCUUACACUGAGACAGCAGAGGUGUACGAUACGGAGAUACUACGUCCAGUGGAGCACAGGUCGAUACAUUGCCAAAGCGUGCAUGUAAGUGCCAAUGAGCCUGAAACGCCGAGCCCUUUUGAGGAAGUGCCUUCUGGACGAGACCGCACGCGUCCACAGACGGUUGAUCUGAGUACCAGAGAGACACUAGAGGAGAUAAAAAAGGGAAUGGCGAAAAGGGAAUUGGUACAAUUAGCACCUGAAUCUUAUGGCGCGUAUCGGGCGGGCGUGAGGUUGACUGAAGGGGUGGAUCGUGAGGACCUUUCGUCCUCCUCUCUGACGGCACCCGCGAAGUAUUCAAGGCGUCACAGGGUAAAGUCAAAGGGCAGGGAUACUUAUCAAACCGGGUUAGCUUUGGUUGAGAGAUCCCUGAGCAACGCCGAGUGA